GACAUUUGGCCGCCUGGGAUACAAGACCAUCGCUAUAUUGGUGUGUCACCAUUUCCGACGUCAUAACUAAGUCGUCAGCUGUCCUACAUUCUACUACUGUAGAAACCUUGGCAUUUGGUCGCCUGGGAUAUAAGACCAUCGCUAUAUUGGUGUCACCAUUUCCGACGUCAUAACUAAGUCGUUAGCUGUCCUACAUUCUACUAAUGUAGAAACCUUGGUAGUAUAUAUCAUCCCUAAUGGCAAAUGGGUGAGGAUGAAAAAUAGAAGUACUGAUAAUGACGUCACAACAAUAUAUAAUUGAUUGAUUAUUCCAGGCAUUCAGCCAUCUAGGAUACAAGACACGUACUGAUGAUGACGGCAUUAAAAUUAUCUAUUUCAGGCAUUUGGCCGCCUAGAACACAAAACAAAUACUGAUGAUGACGUCAUUAAAAUUAUUUAAUUAAAUUCAUUUUAGAUACAAGUCACGUACUGAAUGGCAGCAUAAUGCUGAGAAGGGACAAAAAUGAGCAAAGGAUUGAUGAGAUGAGUCAAAAAUAGGCGAGGAAAGGAUGUAAAUGGCGGACACAAUUUCUAAAGCCUACUAAACUCAAAAAAUACAGUUCAGUUUCUUAUCAAUUCUAAGUAUUUGAAGGUCUAAAAUCAACGUUAGAAGAAGCUUAUCUUUUGAUUGUUUUUUUUGGAAAACUAUGAAAAAAUUGUGAAACGUUUAGGGUAAAAAGAAGAAACUUUGGAGCUUAUUAUACUAAAACUUUCAAUGAAAAACAAUAACGUGACAAAUUAUUGAAAAUCAAAGUAAAAAUAUACCAAAAUGUCCAGGGAAAGGAUAAAAAUAAGCAAAAGAUCAAUGGGAGGGGACAAAAAUGGUGGAAGAUGAAUGUGAUUGCAAAUGGUUAAGGACGAAAAUGGCGGACACAAUUUUUGUAUUUGCUACCAAAAAUGCUGGGAAAUCAUUGAAAAUUAACUCAAAUUAUGUAAAAAUACACCGGAAAAGUCGAUAAAAACCAAACAAAACCGGGAAAAUAACAAAACUUGCCGGAAAACAUCAAAAACACAUAAAAUCAAAACAAACAAAAUCCCGGUUUAGUAUGACUUCUAAUUGACUAAUAAUACAAAGCCUCACUUACCUGAUUGAUUAAUAAACAAUUAAUUGUUGUUAAUUAUCCAGGAAAAACACUUUUUUAAUUAAUAAUUACAUAUACGAAACUCCAAACUCAAACGAUUUGCUUGUAAACACACGACGAAUAACAAAAAAUAUGUGAGGUUAUGUUUUGUAUUGAUUUUCCUAUUCUUCUUUUUUUUAAAGGGUUUUCAAAAAGACCCUAUUUCUCUUUUUAUCACUACGAAUUAGAAAGAGAUGAAAAAUCAAAAAAUAUUUUGACAAUUAUUAUUGUCAACAUAACCUCAAAAAACGAGACAACUUUGCUUACCAAAAUAAAAACAAAUUAUUUUGUACUUACCCCCCACGAAUAUCAAAGUAGCCCCAAAUGCCUCGUAGGGGGCGCGUCAAAAAGGAGGGCCCCGAAUCCGGGGAAGAUUCGGACGAUUACCGUAAGAGACGGGACAGAAACAAUUUGGCCGUAAAACGUAGCAGAGUGAAAUCGAAACAGAAAACCCAAGAGACCGUUAACCGAGUGACGGAAUUGCGUAACGAAAACUCGGUUUUAGAAGAAAAAGUGAAAACUUUGACAAAAGAGUUGAGUUUCCUUAAGGAGCUGUUUUUGGCGCACGCCUCCAACAACGUUGACCCUAGGAAAUUCGAUGGCCUGGACUUGCAAAAACUACUCCAGGACAAUGAAACAAAAUAAUUUUUAUGUUUAUUAUUAGUUUUUAAGUAUUAAAUCCGUAUAACAUUUGUUGGGUCAUUUUUUCGGCAUCUAAAGUCCCUGGGAUGCUUUGGCAAUUCUCAUUGAAAACUGAGUAGGCGCUGGGCUCAUUAGGCCUCUUUGUACGCGUCCCAGUGUUGAAAUAAAUACCAAAAAGCAUUGAUAUAAUCAAAUACACUGUACCGAAUUGGAGUUUUAUGAAAAUUCCAUAAAUUGUAGCCCACAGUAUAAAAUAGAGGCAAUAUUGAAUGUAGUCGAGAGAUGUUAGGGCCAUAUUGGUCUCCUCUACAAAUUGUGGAAUGUCUUCUUUUUUUGGUUUUAAUUCUGGUUCGUCAACUACUAAAAAAGGCUCCUUAAAAUGAAGAAGUCAUCAAUAAAAUAAUGGGGGGACAAAAUAAUUAAUUAAUUGAUAAAUUACCGUUUCUUGUUGUUGUGUUUUGGGGCCCCCCCAAAAGAGGGCCUUGUUUAAAAAAGCCUCUCGUUGUUUUUUGGCCCUGUACUGGGCCAGUUUCACUUCGACUUCGUUAAGGGCCAUGAUUUGUUUUAAAUAAUAAUAAUUAUUGCAAAAUAAACAAAAAAAUAUUAUUCCUAGGUCCUGGCCUGAUUUAUUGCCGCUGGC